GUCGACUGGUCAAAGUUAGCAAAUGCAUCGCCUAAACCAAAGAGACUUCACUUAGAAGAGGAUGACUGUGAUGGUCUUUUUCACUGCCCAGUGCAAAUUUGUGAGCACGAUGGAUUCACUACGCAAAGAGGCUGUAGAAAACAUGUAAAGAGCAAACACGGUUGGUACUAUUACUUCGACGAGAAGCCAGACAAUGCUCAAAUCGAUAUGCUUAAUGUCGAUGAAACCGACAAAUGUGAAGCCAGUGAUCAAAAAUUUACGCCGCGUAAAAGCAGGGCAAUUGCCUCUUUUGAUUCUACGAACAAAAUUGCCAAGAACUUUUUUUCGUGGCACACUGGCAGUGGUGGGGGCUGUAAAAGUGAUCGACAAGUACAACAGAUCGUAAGCAAGUGCUUAAAGUUUCUCAAAUUUUGUUGCGAAGAUGAAGAAGAGCUCACAUUUGACAUUGUGGACUUUAGUUUACGUUCACCGAAUCUGCUUUUCAAGUUUGUUGAUACGAUACAGGACGAUUGGAACCUGGGGCACGCAGGACGCAUAGGCUACUUGGAUGCCAUUGCAGAAUUGGUGGAUUAUCGAAAAGUGAAUGGAGCAUCGGAAUCAGUAUUGAGGGGACUGGCUUCAACAGAAAUUUACUUGAAAAAGGUGCGCAAAACCGUUUCCAAAAUGAUGCGCUUGCAGUGGACCAGCGAGCUCGACAUCGACGCCUUAGAGGCCAAGGGACACUGGGCCACACUAGAGGAACUGUUGGAAGUCGUGGGGCGCUACUUGCCGCGCUACGAGAGCGUACUGAAAUCAUGCAAGGAAAAACCGGGUGCUGUUUUGCCAAUAGAUUUAUCUUUUGCUACCAAAUUUUUGGCCGUCUAUUUAUUUAUCAAGGUCAAGGGCUCGCGCUCCAUGACAUAUCAGUACUUAACGGUGGAAAUGGUGAACAAAGCCAAGACUAACGGUGGAUUUAUAGACCAGAAAAUGUUCAAAACGGCUGGAAAAUUUGGCUUCGAUUCUCUUUACCUGACCGAGCCGAGCAUGCAAGUGUUGGAUUGCUACAUCAACCACAUUCGCCCCCUACUCAGACCGACCUGCGACUUUGUAUUGGUGACAAGAAAUGGAGGGCAGCACAACAAGCUGGGAGAGCUAAUGAGUAAACUGGUCUUCGAUGCAACGGGCAAAUACGUUCACCCGACUCGCUAUCGACAGAUUGUGGAGACCGCGAGUUGCAGGCAGCUGAGCAGCAGCGCGCAGAGCACAAUCUCCGAGGACCAGAAACAUAGCUCUGUUGUUGCAAGGGUUCACUAUCAGAAGCAGCGAUCCCGCGAGGUGGCGAGCAAAGCACAUGAAUAUUUGGAACGAUUACACGGGAAAAAGGGAUCAGCUAGAAAUAGACGUGCGCUCGAGGCUUUCAGGCAAUUCUGCGUCAUCUGAAGAUCAAAACGGUAGCAAAACCGAUACUUCCUCUAACGACGAGGGAGAAACGAUCGCAGAAACACCACCCGAGUGUCUUUCAGGGGUCCCGAGACUAAAGCGGGAAAUGCGUUUAUAGCGACAGAUUUCCCCGCGAGAAAAAAGAGUCUGAUGUUCACCCCCGAAGAAGACAAUUAUCUAAAAGCAGGCAUCGAACGACACGGCUACGGUCAAUGGAAAGCGAUUCUCAGGGAUCCAGAAUUUCGUUUUCAAGAAGGAAGGACAGCCAACUCCCUGCUGAGCCGUGCAGCGCGAAGAUUCGGAUCACUUUCUAAGUUAUCCUAGAACUUUACAUUAACCCCAGAAUGAAAAGAUAUCCUUGAAAUAUAAAUAACGACAAAGGAAAUCAGCAAUAUGGUUCAGUACAUGACAAGCAACAUUUUAUUAUUGUUGUAAGAGAAAUAAAUUACUGUUGACUUGAGAAAUACAUGUUUAUUUUGUUGCUUUGGCCAUGUUUUUUCGCAACUCGCUGGCUUGAGGAGGAACUCUUGCGCUUACUGGCUUCCGUGGUUGUGGUUCGGUCUGAACGCGCACNAGCUGGGAGAGCUAAUGAGUAAACUGGUCUUCGAUGCAACGGGCAAAUACGUUCACCCGACUCGCUAUCGACAGAUUGUGGAGACCGCGAGUUGCAGGCAGCUGAGCAGCAGCGCGCAGAGCACAAUCUCCGAGGACCAGAAACAUAGCUCUGUUGUUGCAAGGGUUCACUAUCAGAAGCAGCGAUCCCGCGAGGUGGCGAGCAAAGCACAUGAAUAUUUGGAACGAUUACACGGGAAAAAGGGAUCAGCUAGAAAUAGACGUGCGCUCGAGGCUUUCAGGCAAUUCUGCGUCAUCUGAAGAUCAAAACGGUAGCAAAACCGAUACUUCCUCUAACGACGAGGGAGAAACGAUCGCAGAAACACCACCCGAGUGUCUUUCAGGGGUCCCGAGACUAAAGCGGGAAAUGCGUUUAUAGCGACAGAUUUCCCCGCGAGAAAAAAGAGUCUGAUGUUCACCCCCGAAGAAGACAAUUAUCUAAAAGCAGGCAUCGAACGACACGGCUACGGUCAAUGGAAAGCGAUUCUCAGGGAUCCAGAAUUUCGUUUUCAAGAAGGAAGGACAGCCAACUCCCUGCUGAGCCGUGCAGCGCGAAGAUUCGGAUCACUUUCUAAGUUAUCCUAG